AUGAUGCAGCCCGGAGUUGUAGUGUGUGAAACUGAUGCAUGCCAGGGGAAAACCAACGCUGGGACAAUGGUUGGAGAUGGGGAGACGUCUCUUCUCAUCCGCCCGCUGAAUCCAACAGCACGUGAUGCGUCAGAUUGGGAUGUCCGCGCAGCCAGAAAGGAAAGAAGCAACUCCCAGACAGUGAAUGAGGCACGUGAGCAGAUUCACCGCCACGUUUUUGCUUGCAUUGUUGCAGUGGUUGCAUUGUCUGGAAGGCGUGAGAAUAAUGAAAUUAUGAAAAAGACGUUCUUCCUUAGAAACAUGGGCUGGGAGAUAAUCAGACAAGGAGGAUGGCUCAAUCUGCGAGACUUUCAACCAAAAAGGCGUGCUAUAAAAUAUCAAUCCUGCAUAAGGAAGAGAGCACGCUAUCAGGGAUAUGUUUAA